UGUCAUCCCUAGUUUGUCAGUCUUUAUCUAUGUUUAUCAGUAUAUCAAACAUUUUUUAGGCAGAAUCAUCUUGAUCUAUGCUUUCUAGGACUGUUUGUGAUUUACUCAUUACUAGCGUAUGAGUUAACUGAGUUACCUAACUAUACUGCGUUUACUUGACUGUUGCACUUUUCAAAACCCGCUAGGAUGAGCUCUAAAGAUAAGGACAGUAAAACGUUCCCGACUAGAUUUAAGGAGUUUUUUAAGAGCAAACCCUUGGGAAGCAAUGUGGGUCGAGGUGAGUUCAAUCUUUCUCAAGACGUUAUAAGGGACAUAGGCAAAGAUUCUCCCUUGCAAACCAGGCUAAAGGUGCUGAAGGAUUUAUGUGUUUCUGUCGAGCAGGAAAAACUGGCCAGUAAUGUAGUCGAGAAGCUUUGGUGCUGCAUAGAGGACCUGUUUUCGCGCGAGAAUCCAUCCGAGGCGCGACACCAGGCAUUCUAUUUUAUGCAGUGCAUGGCGAAAGGGCAGAAUGAAAGACUGACUUUGAUGAGGGCACAGAUUUUUCGCUUAAUCAAACAUCAUGACCACCCAGAAGACAUUGGACAGAAGCUGGAUCUGUUGAUUGCCCUGACUUCCAAUGGCAAAGGCGUAUUGUUUUUUGAAGAAGAAAUCGGGCGUUUUCUGCUCAAUUGGCUUCCCGAAAUAUCGCGCAUUGGUCGCAUCGAAGAAUAUCUUAUAAUGAUUGACAACGUGAUACGUUUUAAUGCUGCAUAUUUAGAUGAAGAGAUUAUUAACGGUUUUAUAGAACACAUCUGUUUGUUGUGUGGCCCGACCAGCCAGUAUACCACCAUAAACCUUUGCCUACUGAUUAUGUCCAGUAUUGUGGCAUAUAGCAACAUGUCGCCGGACGCCCUACCGAAAUUUAUCGGCGCCCUUUGUCGCACUGUUAUUGAUCAAAAAUAUUGCGAGAAAAGUUGGCAGAUCAUGAAAAAUCUCCUGGGCACCCACCUUGGCCACUCAGCGAUUUACACUAUGUGUCGUAUCCUGCAAGAGCCCGCUUUAAGAUCACAUAUUGACCUUCUGCGUGGAGCGGUGUUCUUUACACGAAUGGGUCUUUGGACGUUGGACCCUAUUCCAGAUUUGCGCUGCCCGCCCAGUUCCAUUUUACCAUCUUUUUUACAGGCAGUAAAUGGAAAUCAGCCUGCUGUUGCCUAUGAAGUUUCCCUAGCACUUCAGCAGUUGAUUAAUCGAUAUGGCAGCGAACUGUUGGAUUCCUCUUGGUCUAUAAUACUGCUAAUUAUUUUGCGUAUCUUUCGCAUAGCCAACACUGAGCCCAAUCCCCACAAGCUGGAGUUCAAAAUCAUAUCGAUGAAUACACUAAAUACAAUAGAAAACUACAUUGAGCUGGGCAAAUACAACGGGAAUAUCAAAAGCUACUACAAAGUGGUAGAGGAGUGCUCCGCUGACCGGCCAGAUCAGAGCAUUUUGAGGCUUUUAGAGCAUCAUUCGAGGAACGUUAACCCCAUGCAGCAUCUCUGGAUUACCAAUCUGUACAACUUAAUGCAUAAAUAUUUUCGAAACGAAGUGAGGACUACAAUUCGUGUGAAAGUCCUACACAUUCUUAUGGACGUUUUCAAAUUAAACAGGGAGCAGUACGAAGAGGAAUUGUUAGAAAGGAUACUGAUUCCACACUUAUCGCUAGUAGUAAAUGAUUAUGAUGUUUUUAUUAGGACUUCAGUUAUAAAAUUGUUAAUUGAGGUCUGCACAGUAUGUGAAUCGAAACGUUGCAUAGAACUAUUGGAUAUUUUGGAGAAGUUUUUAUUUCGGCCGUUCGAAAGUCAAACUCCAAACGCAGACUAUCAAGAUGUAACUUGCCUGGUCACGGGCCUCACCGGAUUAUUCGUGAGAAAAAUCCAUAAACUGCCCUCAUAUCACGCGGUCAAGAUCUAUACAAUGCUGGUGGGGUUUUUGGAAAAGCAUUACGAAACGCCCAUGAUUUUCCAUGGCUGGCCUAAAAUUCGAUUUGCUGUUUUUGAUUGUUUUCUGAAAAUGCGAGCUGACUCACUGUAUCAUUUGGGCUAUCCGGAUGGAAACCUUUUAAAAUUCAGUCCCUAUUUAUGCGUGAUUUACCGUAGCUCGGUAAACUCACCACCUCCGCAGUCUCCCGCACCACAACCGAUGUGCAAUAUUACUUAUGUAUCUCUUCGCAAAGCGUUCAAGCUGAUCAUUACCUGUUUAACAUUUGAAAAGGAUUGGGAUGUUUUGAAUUUAGUACUCAGUGGAAUUACCAAAGGCCUUCAAAACAAGUCGCUGGUGCUCGGAAAAGGGAACAACGAGCUCGAUUUGCUUGUAAAUGUGCUUUGCUCAAUGAUUUCCGACAAACAAUUGAACCUUCCGGAGUCCCUCAAUGUUAAAAUUAAUAAACCGGACUUCCACUCCACAGUGUCAUUAGUAUUGGUCAACCUCGCUUCUUACCAUGCCUAUCUGGACAAUUCAAGCCAAACGAAAAUGAUUCGAUGUAUUAUGAAAUGCAUUCAGAAUGCCCCCAAAAGUUCGAAGCCUUGCAUAUCAGCGCUUACAAUAUGUACUCUGGAGAUGAAGGAAGUGAUGGUAAAGAUUUUACCUAUGGUUUUGCUAGCCUUAUCGAAAAUGUCCCCAACCAAGCACGUUGCCGUGCCUGUCCUGGAGUUUCUUUCGACGAUGACUCAGCUGCCUUCAAUCUUCUCGAAUUUUGUAUCUGAUCAGUACAUGGCGGUGUUUGCUGUUGCCUUGGCUUACAGUAACCCCUUUAGGUUUAACCAUUACAUCGUGUCUUUGGCACAUCAUGUUAUCGCCAUUUGGUUUUUGAAAUGCCGUUUAACAUUUCGAAGGGAUUUUGUCAGCUUUAUUAUCACGGGCUUGAAAACCAAUCUUCAACCAUAUGAGGAGACGCUGUACAAGUCAGACUUGGCCCUCAUAAAUCAGGACAGUUCAGAUCGCAAACGAUCCUCCAGUUUAACUGAGCAAGGUUCCAGACGCCGAGAUGAAAGAUCGCUUCCAGUGCGAAUUGAGAAAGGCGUAAUAAAAAAGGGGCCAGCUUCUAACAAGCUGGUCAGCACCUUUUACGAAGAGCUGAACGAGACUUGCAUCGACUUGAUGGCACGCUACGCAUUUUCGCCUUGCAGCGCCUUUCCUAGACGAUUGCCUGGUGCCGAGUUUCUGCUGAAUGGAGGACAGUCAAUGACGUGGCUCGUUGGGAAUAAACUGGUGACUGUGACUACCAGCGGAUGUUCUCAAAAGGUUCUCAAACAGGGACUGUGUGACAAAUGCUGGCUGAUGUGCAACACCAAGACUGACAAUAAGCUGCUCACAGCCGGCGCCAGUAGUGCGGAGACCAGCCGACAGAAUUCCAACGAAAAAUCUAACAAUUCCGUGAGCUCUCCACAGGAAGAAGGAGGCAGAAUCGGAGAAGAGUUGGUCACCACCAAGUUGCAGGAAAUGUUCAAGACUGAUGAGCGUAAAGAGGAGAAAUAUACAUGCGCGUGUUGGUGUCAGGGAUGGGCGGAGGUUUACAUUCGAAGGCCCACCGGUGACAUGUCGUGGAUUAUGAGAAUUCAAAACGAUUUGUCCCAUACCCGGACCACCUACGACUUUCCUAUGAAUGAACUGUCCACGCUGUAUAUGCCGUCUCUGUAUGAUGAACCUCAGAGACCUCUUCUGGUGCGACAAGACACGUUUGAUGAAAACCAGAGCAUUUGCGAAGAUGAUGUCGCAAGUGGACAAGUCUCACCAAGACAGUCACCUUCAAGACAAAAUUCCCAAGACAGCAUUGAAGAGGAGAACGAUGAUAUAGUUUACGAAGACGGCACGAGGACCAGAAAUCCAGUUCGUCGGUCUAAUUCUAGUCCAGAAAUGUCGGCGGGAUGGAAAAACCCUUUCCAUAAAAUGGGCUCAUCGUCUGGAUCAUCAGAGGGCGACAGCGUAGACGACAAAAAAGCAAAGAUGUACGCGAAGGAUAUGCGCGUCAGCUGUGAAGCUAUUCCUGAAGAAAUAGCCGGUAGCCCGCCCCAGUCAGAACCGAUCCAUGCGAUAACAUCGCACCAUCCUUCGCUGCUGAGUUAUCACAGCUGCCCCGGAUCCACUAUUCCCAGCGAGGCUAGCAAAUCCUGCCAAACAAUAGCGCCUUUACCUGCCGGCUUUCAAUCUGGGGCCCAUUUGGAGCAUUGCAGUAAGCCCAGCACACUGCCGAAUAUAGUCGGAGCACUGCAACCUAUGUCGGGAAAGCCGCCCCAGAGCCCCACUCAAACCAGUCCGCGCUUAGCCAGACAUACUAAUAAAGGGGGCCAAGAACUGCAAAAGAGUUCGUCGUCUUCAGUGGUGCUAGACAGAAACAGUCAUUUAAGCCAAACAAAUCUCAAGGAUCGUAAAAGUGGCGGCAGCUCUGAGAGAUUGGCUUCGUUCGAUUCCAGCCAAUCCUACACAAAAAGGGAUAGAUUUUAUACCAUCUCUGUGAUGAGCAGGCCAAGAUCCGAGCCCAAUAGACAUCCGACGCGCACGAAGGAUGUGCCGAAGAGUGGAGUGAAUCCGAGUUUCGUUUUUUUACAACUUUAUCACAAUUCAUUCUUGAACGAUCACCACAAGGCUGAAAAACCUGUUCUUAUUGGAAACAGUGAUGCGGUUAACAGGGCUGUCAAUAUCUUGGACAAUAUUCCUCCUUACGAAACCCACAGAGUGGGUGUGCUGUAUAUUAGAGAGGGACAAGUAAACAACGAAAUGGAGAUUUUAAAAAACCAGUUUGGAUCCUUGCGGUACAUGAAGUUCUUGCAAAAUUUGGGAACUUUGGUGAAGACAUCUGAUGUGGAUCCCCAACUGUUAGGUGGCUUGGAUGGAACGGACAUCAAGUUCGCCUACAUUUGGCAAGACGACGUAGUAAGAGUGAGUUUCCAUGUAGCGACAAUGAUGCCAAAUAAGGACAGUGACCCUCAUUGCAAUAACAAGAAAAUGCACACGGGGAACGAUUUCGUGAAUAUCGUCUACAAUGAAAGUGGAGAGGAGUUCGACAUGAAGACUAUCAAGAGUCAGUUCAAUUUCGCCAGCAUCAUCAUACAACCUCUGGACCACAAUAUCAAUAGAGUGGUAGUGAAGAUUAAGGACGAUCUGAAGGACUUGGCAGUGGUUGGCAACGAUGCUAAAGUAGUGUCCGACGAAAAUGUAGCCAUCCUGGCACGACAGCUCGCCUUACAUGCAAAUUUGGCAUCGUUAGUCGCGAGGUCGCUGAAAAAUAGUCCAAACGACCCAUACGCCUCAAACUGGUUGGAAAGGUUGAGACGCAUAAAGAAUGUCCGUAAAAAGGUGCUGGACGAGAAUAAAAAUGAUGAUCAUAACAACUAUCCGUCGGAGGAGAAUAAGAGCAGGAAGCCCACCGAAGAUUUUACGGACUAUUCCUAAAUGGGUUCCGGAGGUUAGGUAUUAUUAUUUGCUAAUCAAUCGAAAGUUCUGAUUAAUGUAGCUGUGUUAUAUCUUCAUAAAUGUUUAUAUGUAUGUCGAUUAACUAGAAUAGUGACUUUGAAUAAAGGUACGUUUAACCAU